AUGGCCCAAGACGUCUCUCCUAACAAGACCACAGCGACAAAUCGUAGACGCAGCCGUGCCAAAUUCACGGAAGAUCAAUUGAAAAUCCUCGUCAACGCAUUCAACCAAAAACCUUACCCAGGUUACGCUACCAAAAAAAGACUUGCUUCAGAAAUCAACACUGAAGAGUCUAGAAUCCAGAUUUGGUUUCAGAAUCGAAGAGCUAGGCACCGAUUCCAGAAAAGAUCAGAACCUGAGGAGGACUUAAAAUCAAGCCAAGAUGAAGAUCACCCUGAAGAAAAGAUUCGAAGUAGAGAAGACAGACGGUGCCGUACCAGCUACACUUCCUCCCAGUUACACACCCUCAUCGAGGCAUUUAUGAAAAACCCAUAUCCUGGGAUUGAUUCCAGAGAGCAACUUGCUAAAGAAAUUGGAGUUCCAGAGUCGAGAGUCCAAAUUUGGUUUCAAAAUCGAAGAUCUAGAUUCCAUGUCCAGAGAAAAAGAGAACCUGAUGAGGCCUUAGAACAGAGACAAGACCAGGGACAAGAUCCCUGA